GCACUCGCAGGUAAAUAAAAACCUCACCAGGAGCUACCAGGGGUCCAGCUCAAAUUGCAGUGGAGCCUCCAGGGACUCACACAAAUAAGCCUGUGUGCUACUUCAGCAGACCUGCUCCUCUCCCACACAGACGCAGGAUGCGCUUGCUGUGUGCCCUGGGUCUCUUUUUGACCCUGCUCCAUCUGUCGACCCCCCUGCUGCUGGGAGCCUUCAACAUCAAGUCGUUCGGAGACAAGAAAUCCUCCAACGCCACGCUCAUGAACAUCAUCAGCAAGAUUGUCCACCGCUAUGACAUCCUUCUGAUCCAGGAGGUCAGAGACAGUGAUCUGUCCGCCACCAAAAAACUCAUGGAGCAUGUCAACAAAGGAUCUCCUCCUCAGUUCAGGUACAGCCACAUCGUGAGUGAGCCUCUGGGGCGCAGCUCCUAUAAGGAGAGAUAUCUCUUCCUCUACAGAGAGCACACGGUGUCCGUGGCUAAAAACUACACCUAUGACGACGGCUGCGAGCCCUGUGGGACGGACGCCUUCAGCAGGGAGCCUUUUGUCGUCAUGUUCUCCUCCGAUCAUACCGCUGUGAAGAACUUUGUUCUGAUCCCUCAGCACACCUCUCCCGACAGUGCAGUGAAGGAAGUGAACGCUCUCUACGAUGUGGUGGCUGACGUCCGCUCUCGCUGGAACACCAAUGACAUAGCUCUGCUCGGUGACUUCAACACAGGCUGCAAUUAUGUCUCAGGCUCCGAUUGGCAGCAGAUCCGUCUCUUCACCGAUAAGAGUUUCUACUGGCUGAUCAGCGACAAGGCCGACACCACAGUGUCACACACUAACUGCCCUUACGACAGGAUUGUGGUCACUACUGACAUGAUGAAGGGAGUAGUGCCCAGCACUGCUGAGGUCUACGACUACAUGAUGGACAUGAAUCUCAAACACGAUCUGGCAUUGGCUGUCAGUGACCAUUUCCCUGUGGAGGUGACGCUGACUCCAGCUACUUGAAUCACUGUGACAACAACAGCAACAAACCUCCUCAUGAUGUCUCCGGGCUCAAUCCACACUGGGCCUAUUCACUCAACAAGCACAGUCAUGAAUGACAAGACCAAAAUAAACAAAUCUGCUCAAUUA